CGCGACGACGCGCUCGGUGCCGCCGCUGCGUGAUGACGCAGCACGUCGCGUGACGUCACGCUCGGGGUCCGCUGUGCGGAGGCGGCGGGAGCAGCGGGGGCCCCGGGGACCCCGACUGCGCGUCCCUCCUCGUCCCCUCGCUCGUCCCACCUCCUCGUCCCCUCGCUCCCUCCUCGUCCCGCCCGCCCGCCCGCCCGGGCCUCGCUGCCGCCGCCGCCGCCAUGGGGGAGCAGCCAAUCUUCAGCACGAAGGCGCACGUGUUCCAGAUCGACCCGGCCACCAAGAAGAACUGGGUCCCGGCGAGCAAGCAGGCGGUCGCCGUGUCCUACUACUACGACUCGGCCCGCAACGCCUACCGCAUCAUCAGCAUGGACGGCACCAAGGUGAUCAUCAACAGCACGGUGACGCCAAACAUGGCGUUCACCAAGACGUCACAGAAGUUUGGGCAGUGGGCAGACAGCCGUGCCAACACGGUCUACGGCCUGGGCUUCUCAUCCGAGCAGCAUCUCACCAAGUUUGCGGAGAAGUUCCAGGAGGUGAAGGAGGCAGCGCGCACGGCGAGAGAGAAGUCGCAGGAAAAGGUGGAGACGUCCAGCAACCACUCACAGGAGUCGAGCAGCAGCGACUCGGCGAGCCAGCAGCAGCAGCAGCAGCAGCAGCCGCCCCAGCACCCGACGGGCACGCCUGGGCCCCCUGGGGCCACGGGGCCCGCGGGGCCCCCCGGGACCCCCGGCACCCCCGGCACCCCCGGGCAGCCCCCCGCCUACAACGGCACAGACGACGAGAAGGUGACGCAGGGCGUCCCCGUGGAGGCCCAGCUCUCCUACGAGAACGAGCGACUCAAGGUGGCGCUCGCCCAAAGCUCCGCCAACGGCAAGAAGUGGGAGGUGGAGCUGCAGGCGCUGAAGAGCAGCAACUCGCGGCUGUCGGCGGCGCUCACCGAGGCGACCGCCAGCGCCGACGCGGGGAAGCAGCAGCUCCACGCACUGCAGGGGGAGGCGGAGCACCUGCGGCAGAGGGUGUUGGAGCUGGAGAGCGAGACGGGGGAGAGCGGCGCCGCGGCCGAGAGAAACUCGGAGCUGGCGCAGCGUGUGGAGCUGCUGGAGGCGACGCUGCACGAGAGGGAAGAGGAGGUGGAGAGGCUGAAGCUGCAGCAAGAGGUGGUGCAGCAGGUGGAGGCGCAGAGGGACGCCGCCUCCCGCCAGCUCAAGGAGACGGAGGAGCGGGCCGAGGGGCUGGCGGCACGUGUGGCCGAGCUGGAGGAGGCCGUGGGCGCCGCUCGGGCCCAGCAGCUGGAGCAGGGCGAGCGCCUGCGCGAUGUCCUGGGCGUUCUCGAUGGCAAGAUCUCCGAGCUCACCGAGCUGCGCGAGAGCGUCGCCAAGCUGGUGCUCGCCGACUAACGCGGGCCGCCGCACCGCCGGCAGGCGGGUGGGCAGAGCGCCGCCGAGCCCCUUGGGAGGCACCGACAUCAACGCGCACGCGCGCGCACAUACUCGCACGCACGGCGGCUUGCAUGCAUUUGUCGGGAGAUGGUGCCGCUCUCCGGAGCUCGGUCCCGCGGCCGCGGCCGCGGCGACGGGCCGCGCCGAACGCCGCCGUCGUCGAGAGCACCGCGGCAAAGGUCGCGGUUUGAGCAGCCGCCCGCCGCGGGGAGCGGGCCAGGCCGCCGGCGUCGAUGUCGGGGGCCCGUGUGGGGCGCGCCCUCCGCCGGGCCCUCCGCCGGGCCCGCGCCACGUCCGCCGCACGGUCGUGAGGCCGCGCGCCGUGGAUGACGAGUGGGACGCGGAGUUACCAACGCUCGUAAUCGUAGCAAAUCGUACCGUGGGCGCGCGGUCCGCUCCGCUCCCGUUACGGGUGUGCAGGACCCCCCCCCCCCGCCCCCCACCCCUGGGCGGGCUUGCGGGAGGCCCCGUCCCCCCUUGGCGGGUGUGUGGGCCCCAUCGCGGACAUGCGGGAGGCCCCCCGCUGUCCCCGCGCACCGUCUCGUGUCCGUCCAUUCUGUGCGGCGUCAUUUGCUAGAUUUAGGUCCCUCUCGGCAUACGUAUCAAAUAUCGUGCAGUAUAUCCAGUGAAUGGACUUAGGGCUGAACGACUAUUGUGUAGUAACCAAAUACCUUCCAUCCAAUCAAAUAUCCACGUAUGAGCCAUAGUAUAUAUUAUCAAAUGUGUAGGAGGACUUGCUUGGAGUCGCACUUAUAUCGUUCAUUCGUGGCCGUGUUUAGGCGUAGUGCCGUGCGCGAUCGCGUGGAGCGCGACAGCUUCUCCCACGAUGCUGCUGCUGCUGCCCACGGCGCUCAGGCGUCGGGCAGCAGGGGUCAGGGGUCAGGGCAGCCACCCUGUGCGUUAAAAAGGGUCUUGGGGGCCGGUGGUGGGGUCGGGCGCGUCCCCUUCGCCGCUGGGGACCGGAGUAUCGGAGGGCGGGGGGGGGGGGGGCGCGCCUGCGAGAGGAGGGGGCGGGGAGUGGGUAUUUUUUUCGGGGGGGGGGGUGCCUUGAGGUCGCCUUCAUCCCCCCGGGGUUCCGCCCCCUUCCCUCGCGGCGGGGGUCACAGGUCUCGCAGUCUUCCUCUCGAGCGGGCCGUCAGUCAGGCUGCCGUCCCCCGCGCCGUUCCACCACCGCCGACGAGGACGCCCGCGACCAACGCGGCAAACGCACCGCCGCAGUGGCUGAGACGGAGGCAUGGGCUCUCUCAACGACAGGGUCGGCGAGGGCUGGCGAGACCGCGUCUCUUUUGUAAUUUUCGCGAGGUCGUUUCGAGGGGGCGUUCGGAUGUUUUUCUUUUUUGAAUGGGUAAACUUUGCCAAUCGUUAAGCUACUACUAUUAUUACUACUGUGCGUUAUCAAGUUUUAUUUGUGGGUUUUAAGUAGUGCAGUAUUACUUUAUUUAUCGAGGAAACUUGAGAAGCGUUCCAAGCGAUGGGCAGCCCUGGGAAAGCUCAUCUUUUGCCGACGUUUGAGCCAGCGAGGUCGAGCGUCCCUCGCGACGUCGAGUGUGUGAACCCGUUCCAGUUGGGCCUACGAUCAAAACGAGAGCGAUGGUGGGGGCCCUCCCCGCCGAGGGAGCGCCGACCCGCGACGAGAGACGCUGUUGGUUUCUGCCCCGACCCCGCGUCGCUCCUCUUUUUUUUUUUUUUCCCCCACUGCGAAUAAAUCGUUUUGUCCAUGG